UUCCUAGUUGGAUUCGUUAACCACUGAGCCACGACGGGAACUCCUGAGUCCAGAAUUCUUUAUGUGCCUUUCAUGAGCUGAGUCCAACCUCAAACUACCUCUCAAGGCCACACACAUCUCCACACCUCUCCCCGGCCUUCCUGCAGGAUGCUCCUUCUGCCUGGAACACACUCACGCACCACUCUCACCUCCUACAAGCCUCUGAAUUCACACACCGCCCCCCAAGCCCAUGCACACUAGGUUGUACUUACCUGUCUCCCUAGCAAGACUAUGAGCUUGAAAGGGUCAGAAUCUGCAUGUGAUUCUCCUCCCUGGGGCCCUGCAUGGGGACUGGCAUUGAACCGGUGACUGCCCUGCCCCAGCAAAUGCACAGACAUCACUGCUGCUCUCAUCAGCCAGAGCAGGGGAGGGUUAAACAACCACCCUGGCCUUGGUUCAGCUGCGGCAUUGGUGAGGCAGGUGGCCCAGGGUUUAACCAGAUGCUGCAGAGCCUGUUGGCAGCUCAGCUCAUGAAUUCAACCCAGCCACAUCUUCCUGGAGCUGAGACCUGGGCCCCUCCCACCGUUCUAGACCCCUGUGCCCUCCCUGGGCUCUGAGUUGGAAGAAGCUGGAACAGCUGGGGAGGAUUAGGUUGGGGAGGAAGAUUGCAAAACUGGAGGAGGAGCAUGUGGUCAGAGUGGGAAGAGCCUGGUCCACGUUCUGCCCAGACUUGCCCUGUGGCCUUGGCUGAGUCCUUCCCAUCCCAGCCUCAGUAUCCCCAUCUGUGCAGAGGCUAGUCUAGGUGGUCCCUCCGGAAGGGACUGGCGAAGGACAAAGUGAUCCUCGGCCCCAGAACCUCCUAGCUACAGACUCUCUCCACCACAGAGGUGGAGAGACCCCGCGCGGAACCUGGAGCAGGGGCCAGAGGGGCCUGAAACGCCUAUCCAAGUGGUGCUAAGGGUGCGUCCCAUGAGCGCGGCGGAGCUGCGUCGAGGGGAACAGAGCGCGCUGCACUGCUCAGGGACUCGGACUCUGCAGGUAAGUCCCCCAGGCGGGGGCCCCGACGUGGCGUUCCGCUUCGGCGCCGUGCUGGACGGGACGCGCACGCAAGAAGACGUGUUCCGGGCGAGCGGCGUGCGGCGCCUGGGCGAGCUGGCGCUGCGCGGCUUCUCCUGCACCGUCUUCACCUUCGGUCAGACCGGCUCCGGGAAGACCUACACCCUGACCGGACCUCCUCCCCAGGGGGAGGGGGUGCCGGUCCCCCCCAGCCUGGCUGGCAUCAUGCAGAGGACCUUCGCCUGGCUGUUAGACCGUGUGCAGCACCUGGGUGCCCCUGUCACUCUCCAUGCCUCCUACCUGGAGAUCUACAAUGAGCAGGUUCGAGACUUGCUGAGCCUGGGGUCUCCCCGGCCCCUCCCUGUUCGCUGGAACAAGACCCGGGGCUUCUAUGUAGAGCAGCUGCGGGUAGUGGAGUUUGGGAAUCUAGAGGCCCUGAUGGAGCUUCUGCAAAUGGGUCUUAGCCGUCGAAGGAGCUCCGCUCACACCCUGAACCAGGCCUCCAGCCGAAGCCAUGCCCUGCUCACCCUCUACAUCAGCCACCAAACUGCCCUGAUCCCCCAACCCCAGCAGAUGCCUCUUGUGGAUCCCGGGGAACCGCCUGCUGGUGGGAAGCUGUGCUUCGUAGACCUGGCCGGCAGUGAGAAGGUGGCAGCCACAGGAUCCCGUGGGGAGCUGAUGCUUGAGGCCAACAGCAUCAACCGCAGCCUGCUGGCCCUGGGUCACUGCAUCUCCCUGCUGCUGGAUCCACAGCGGAAGCAGAGCCACAUCCCCUUCCGAGACAGCAAGCUCACCAAGCUGCUGGCGGACUCGCUGGGGGGCCGCGGGGUCACCCUGAUGGUGGCCUGCGUGUCCCCCUCGGCCCAGUGCCUUCCUGAGACUCUCAGCACCCUGCGAUAUGCAAGCCGAGCUCAGCGGGUCACCACUCGGCCGCAGGGCCCCAAGUCCCCCCUGGCAAAGCCGCCCCUGUGUUUGGAGACCGAGCUAUUACAGCUCCGAGAGGAGAACUGUCGCCUGCGGUCCCAACUGGGCCAGAUGGACCCCAAGGCCUCUAGCCUUGCUGGGGCCCGGGUCGCCUGGGCUCAGCGGAACCUCUACGGGAUGCUACAGGAGUUCAUGCUGGAGAAUGAGAGGCUCAGGAAAGAAAAGAGGCAGCUGCAGAGCAGCCGGGAUCUGGCCCGGGAUGAGCAGCGCGUCCUGGCACAGCAGGUCCAUGAGCUCGAGAGACGCCUCCUCUCUGCCUGCUACCUUCACCAGCCAGGCUCUGGCCCAGCCCCACCGUGUCCCUGUGUGAUGACGCCACCUCCCCCCUGCCACGCCCUGCCACCCCUCUGCUCCUGUUCCUGCUGCCACCUCUGCCCCCUGUGCCGAGCACCGCUGGCCCACUGGGCCUGCCCACAGAGGGAGCUCCACAUUCCCCAGAUGUUUGUCUCUAAGGCCCCAGGUGAUGUGCCCCUGUCUGCUCGGCCCCCACCCUGGGCGCCCCCAUGCAGCCCUGGCUCUGCCAAGUGCUCAAGAGAGAGGAGUCACAGCGACUGGACUCAGACCCGAGUCCUGGCAGAGAUGCUGACCAAGGAGGAAGUGAUACCCUCUGCACCCCCACUGCCCGCGGGGCCCCUGAACACAUCACCAGUGCCAAGAGGUGGGGCUGCAGUUCCAAACCUGGCCCGGAGGCUGGAGGCCCUCAGAGACCAGAUCGGCAGCUCCCUGCGACGUGGCCGGAGCCAGCCACCCCUGAGUGAGGGCACGCGGAGCCCUAGCCGAGUCCUCCCUCCCUGCUGAGGGCAAAGUGGGAACCCAGGAGACCACAGUGCGACCUUGGACUGGGCUCUGUGCUCCUGGGCUGCAGUCUCCCCGUCUGUUGCAUGGGGUAGUGGCCGCUGCUCCAGUCUGCAGCUGGGCUAGGGGAGAGGGCCGGUGGGGCAGUUUGGGGAAGCCAAGGGAGGGUGCCACCCCGAGCUAGAUGAAGUGAGACUGGAUUCCGGAGAAACCAGGCAGCAGGCGAUGACAUUUAUGAAUAAAGAGAGGCAUCAGCUUCAA